AUGGAAAAUGUUGGUAACGUUAACCAACUUAUUUCACAAGAUAGUGCACACCAAGUAGCUCCCACUAUGGAAGAAAGUUUCAACUCUUCGCUUAAUAGCCUGACACCAUCAAAGGAAACAGUUGAAACACCUAAUGAUGAGACAACUGAUAAAAUGGAUACAUGUGAUAAUAUAGAGGCAUUGGCGGAAACAAAGAAAGGAAUGCUUAGGAGUAAGGCUUGGGAUCAUUUUGCAACAGUGAAAGUUAAUAGCGAGGAUAAGGCUCAAUGUAAAUAUUGCAAGAAAUUUCUUGGUGGAAAAUCGAGCAAUGGAACAAAACACUUGCUUCAACAUAUGGAGACAUGCAUUCAUCGCAAAAUUCAUGAGAACAAGACUACAAAAGGACAGACAUUUCUCAUGCCAAAGUGCUUGCAAGGAAAGCAAGAAUUAGAAGUUGGUACUUAUAAUGCUGAAAAAUCAAGGAAAGAGCUUGCACGUGCAAUAAUUAUGCAUGCGUAUCCACUUUCAAUUGUAGAUCAUAUAAUGGGAAUUGCUAGUGUUUUGGAUCCUAGAUACAAAAUGGAGUAUCUUGAAUACUAUUAUGAAAAAUUGUAUGAACAAGACUCUUUUGAUCAAGUUAAGAGGAUUCAACAACUAUGUUAUGACUUAGUUGUUGAUUAUCAAUUGAAGUUGAACCAAGAGAAUUGUGGUGACUCACCAGUGUUGGAAUCUAGUCGUGUGGCUAAUGAUAGUUUAGAUGAUUAUGAUGCAUAUGUUCGAAAGAAGAAAAGAGCAAGAACUUCAUAUGUCAAAACAAAAUUGGAUCAUUAUUUGGAAGAGGAAGUUUUACUGCGAAGUUCUGAUUUUGAUGUUCUAUUAUGGUGGAAGUUAAAUGACAUCAAAUAUCCAACACUCCAAGCAAUUGCAAAAGAUAUUUUAUCAAUUCCUAUUUCUACAGUAGCUUCAGAAUCCGCAUUCAGUACUAGCGGUCAUAUUUUAAGCCCGCAUUGCAAUCGACUUCAUUGGACAACUUUAGAGGCUUUGAUGUGUGCUAGAAGUUGGUUAUGGAGUAUUAAAAAUAGUGGUGGUAUGAGUUCUAAGUUAAGCAAUGACUACACUACUUUGCUCGAUGAAAUAGAGCCCGAUGAAGAAGGUGAAAUAUUGACUAGUGGUGUUAUUUCCCUCUUUGAAGAUGGAGAAUAG